GUUUUAAAGCAACCAAACAACACACAAGUGUCUAAAAAUGUCAAAGAAAAUUUCAGAUUAUUUUAAAAUUGAACCAAAAUUAUUUACAAAGUGUGAUUUAAAUCAAGAAGAUCCAAGAUCAUUACCACAAAUUAAGAAUGAAAAGGAAGAACGUUUUGAUAUAGAUUUGGAUGAGAUCGAAAAAAGUAACAGCCAAACAAUUCUGAAAGACAUUAAAAAAGAGAUUCUGAAGAUCAAAAGUGACCAAAAAUCGUUAAACAUAAAAGAAGAGUUAACUCAAGUCCAAUGCAAAUUUUGUAAUAAAAAAUUAAGCCAAAACUACAUCACAGACCAUGUUAAUAGAUUGCAUUCAGAAAAGAUCAAAAUUAGCUGCGACAUUUGCAAUCGAAAAUUUCUAAACACAAAAAGUUUAAUGAAGCACAUGGAAGGAUUGCAUGGAAAAGAAUUUUUUAAUGUAAAUGAGAAAUUUGAGUGUGAUUUCGAUGGAAAAAGUUUCAAAAACAAGCAGUGCAUAACACUUCAUAUGAAGGUUCAUCGAUUAAAAAUAAAAUGUGAAUUUUGUGAAGUCGAAUUAAAUGAAAGAAGCAUGAAUGGACACAUUCGAACUGUCCACGAAAACUUUCGUAAAUUUCAAUGCAAAAUGUGUCCAAAAAGUUUCAAAAUUCAGAAACAUUUAGAUUUGCACAUUCGGGUUCAUGACAAGAAAUUCAGUUGCAAAUAUUGUUCAGGACUUUAUCCAAGUAAACAAAGACUAAAUGAUCAUAUUAAGCAUAUUCAUGAGUAUACAAUGAAAUUUAAAUGUGAAAUAUGUGACAAAAAAUUCAAACAAAAACAAAAUUUAAAAAGUCAUCAAAAAACUCACGAUAAAAAUCGCUUAAUGUUGCUCAAAUGUCAAAAGUGUGAUUUUGCAACAGAUAACAAUACAAGUCUUAAACGUCACUAUAAAAUGCACGAACGUGUAGAGAAGAAAGUGGCAGUAAUGAUUAAUCCAUUCAAAUGCCAAAAAUGUCCAACAUUCUGCAAAUCUAAGAAAAGUUUGAGCCAUCACAUGUUAACUGUGCACCCAAAACAUCUCGUCCAAUGUGACCUAUGUGGGAAAUAUAGCAAAGUCAAAAAGAAUCUCAAAAAACACAUUUUAUUACAUUUUAAAACUAGAAAAAUUUAAAAUCAUAUUAAAAAUUGAAAACUGAGGAAUUUUUUAUAUCAAGUCUUAUUUUAUAGUUGAGAUGAAACUGGAUACUUUACACCAUUAUGGGUGUCCUUUGAUUUAUAUCGGUUGCUUACGAAAUUUCCUGUCCUUAAUUGAAAACUUUUGAUUUAUUUUAAUCUAAUCCUGAUGCAUCCAUGUCAAUAAUUAAAAAAAUUCUGUAAUUCCUUAAAAUUUCAUGAGUUUAAGAUAAGAAAGGUUUAAGAAUUUAUUUCUUUAUCAAUUUUAGAAUUAUUUCGCGAUACAAUUUUCGAUUCAAGGUUAAGACACACAUGGAGCCCAUGAAACUGGCCUUUGACAUAAUUUUUGGUGUCAAAUGAUUAAUAAAACAAUGAAAAUUUCCUUAUUUUCUCCUAAGGAUCAUUAUAAUCACUAAUAAUAAAAAGAUUCUUUUCAUCAACAGAUAAGGCAUUGCGCUUAAUAUUGGAUCAUAACUUAUGCAUAUUCAACUAGGCGUAACUAGAUAUUUUAUUGGAAAAAUAGAGGACCUGAAAUUAAAAUAAAGGAUAUUCUGUAGAUCUCCCUAUAGUUGCCAUAUGUGUGCCUAAUGUAAAACAAGUUGGGUUCGAUAGGAAUCGAACUUAUUAUCUCAAAAGAGGCAAUCUCUGAUGACUCGAUCAGAGAUCCCUGUCACUCGGCUACCGAGGUACUUAUCUCACUUCUGCUAUCCGUCAUGCACAUAUAACCAGUUCAACGCAAGCCAUUUGCUCAGGCCUAUCUACUACAGAUUCUCUGUAAUAUUCAUUUUCUGGACGAAUUAAAACAAAAAAAAAAUAUUUUUGAAAAAUGAUAAAAACUAAGAACUGCACUCUAAAAACCAAAUAGAUGGUCAGUCUAUUCGUAUUCAACUUUAGUCAUUAUUACCUUAUCGCAUAUUUUUAGCAAAUAUGAUUGAAUUUUUUCAUCAGAUGUUUUAGUUUCACAUCAACUUUAGUUCAAACAAGACUUAAAAAAUUUGGCCUUUUUUUUGUGAGAUGAAAGUGAAUAAAAAUGAGUCGAAAUAAUUUUUGGAAUAAAAGAAUUAGAAAGUUUCUUAACAGAAGCUUCAAUGAUUCCAGCACAAUUGAGAAUGGUAAGUACACGAUUCAUGUUUUAAACUGAGAUUCAAAGUAAAAGUACUAGU